AGGAAGAAUCAAUACCGACUCUAUCCGAUUCAGACAUCCGUUCCAGCUCCUGCAGUCUUCUUUCUCGUGUUGUGGUUCGCGGCGGAUUGCCUGGUGACAGAAAUGGACCAGUGUAACAACUCCAGAAACGAAACCAUUGUGGGUAGCCCAGCUUCCACAUCUAUAGGCGCCCUCAUACUUACACUUGUGUUUGUCUUGGGAUUCCCUGGAAAUCUCUUCGUUAUCUGGAGCAUCCUGGCUCGAGCCCGGAAGCAGUCGGUCACGACCCUCCUUAUCCUCAACCUCGCUUUUGCUGAUGGCUCCCUGAUGGCUCUGACCCCGUUCUUCGUCAUCUAUUUGGUUAUGAAGAAGUGGGUGAUCGGAAAUGUGAUGUGUAAGAUCCUGUUCUACCUCUGUUUGGUCAACAUGUACGCCUCGAUUCACCUCAUCACGUUGAUGAGCGUCUACAGGCUGGUGUCAGUGAUAUGGCCACAGCGCAUCAGCACCAUCACAGGCAAGAGGACGCUCAGGCGUGUGCUGGCCGUGGUGUGGCUGCUGGUAAUGGCUGCUUCUAUUCCUGCAAUUAUCUUCAGAAAAGUGCGCGGUGACGUGUGUGAUUCAUUCCAUGACACAGACAGUGAAGUGGUUCUGCAGUACACGCUGGAGCUCGUGUUGGGAUUUGUAAUUCCUUAUGGAAUAAUAUUAGUCAGCUAUAUUUGCAUUUUGCGGCGGAUCCGACAAACCAAGUUCCAGCGGCGCAUUCGCAGUGAGAAGCUCAUCCUGGCCAUUGUGUUGACCUUCUGCCUCUUUUGGCUCCCCUACCAUCUUAUCAACAUGAUGCAAGUUACAUGGGCUUUAUGUCCAGAGGGGUCAGCAAAAGAAAUACUCUGUAAAAUAUGGAAAAGAAGUCGCGCCGUCUCCUCUGCCAUCGCGUUCAUCAGCAGCUGUGCCAACCCGGUGCUCUAUUUCUUCGCUGGAAAGUCGUACAUCAGAAAAGAAGGCCUGGCGUUCAUGGCCCGCCUGUUCGAGGGCACGGGGCUGGAUUCCUCCAGAAAGAGCCGACAGAACAGCCAAAACAGCCGCGACAGAGACAAAGAUGCGGACAAUGUUUUGAUGAAAAACAAAGAAUCAGACUCUGUCACCAACUCGAGCUCCAAUGCUAAACCGGUGAAAAAUGGGAAAUAGAGGAUCAACGAGGCAACUGGACUGAUGACAGGCCUCUGAAAUGUUCAACCCCUCAGGCUUUUAAAUUUGUAUCCGUCCAGUCAGAAAAAACUUUUACUUCUAAAGACUUAAAGCGCAGCUGCCAAUCUACGACAAACAACAGCAUAUGACAAUCAGCUGCUGCUUUACAUGACUGGGACCGGUACUGACUUCAAAAUCUGCUCUAACUUGAUGCUGCUCCUGGAAAUGCUUGCAUCCAGGAACAUUUUAACAAGAUUUCCAUCAAACUCUCAGAUAUGGGCCUCACUCAGCAAUCCAGGUUUUACAUGUUUUUACCAGCUGUAAAUUCUUUUUUAUUUUGACUUCUCAAAGGAGGUGUUGAUUGUGCAUUUUUUCCAGAUUUUUUUUUUUUUUGUGUCUUGCAAUACUUUUUCAUUUCCUCAAAAUGUUCAGGAAGAAAAACUGUUACAGUAAUACUGUAUUAGUUACACUAACCAGGAAAUGAGAGCUUACCUGUCAGUUAUAGUCCUUGUUGCAACACAUACAGAUGUUUGUCUCUGGAUCAUCUCUUUUUUUACCCACGUUUUGUUUUUUUUUCAUGGAAAGUUAUAUAUUUUUUUAUUCUUUUUCAAAUAUCUGCUACUUGAAUUCUAUGUCUUUUAAUGUAUGAAAAAAAAGAAAGUUUAAUGAAUGCUGCAACAUGUUUUGUUCUUUAUUGUCCAAAAUGUUCAGUAUUAUCUCCUUAUUCAUUAAAGGUUUUUUAUUUUAUUUUAUUGAACUGAGGCUAGUACUAGUGUCUGAUCUGCAGUAGUCGUCUCUGUUCGACUUUGAAGACUCAGGGAGGGAAAAUUGAAAGUAUCUCGGA